AUGUCAUCUCUCUUCAAAUAUUCUGCGGUCCUGCGGACCACCAAGGCGCGUGAGCACUGUCACAGAUUGAAGGAAGAGAAGAAGAAGAUGUUCAAAAAUAAUGUGAAUGGCACCGCCUGUGAGAGAUUGAAGAAGAAGACACAGGAGCUGGCAGAGGAGGAGGGAAUUGAGGCCUUGUUCAGGUCUCGAAUGCGCUCCAUGAUCCAGAACAUUGAGGAGGCAGCCCUGCUCUCUGAGCAUGCCAAUCUGCUUGCUGCUGGGGUGGAACCCGAGGCAGCAGACCAGGAAAUGCGGGAUUUUGAGGUGCAGGUUGACCUGGCUGAGGGGGAGCAGUGGGAACCCUUCUCUGAGAAGGCAGCAGAGGGAGAUUUUGAGGUGGUUAUCACCUCAGAUGAGGAGGAGGAGAAGGAGAAGAAGAAUGAGAAGUGA